CUUGGUGCUUGCUGCUUUCUCCUGGGCAUCCUGCUGGCGCAGCUGAGGGGCUUCCGCAGGGCUUCUCCAAUCCCUCUGUGUUCAUGCAGGACACGAGGCAAUAAAAAAAAAAAAUAGAUAAAAGGAAAAAAAAAAAAGAGGCCGGCUAAGGAGAUAGGAGGUGCGUGGGAGAAAAGAAAGAAAAAGAAAACUUUUUGCUUUUUCUCAGUGUGUGGGGCAGAGGAGAUGAACUCAGUUGAGAUGGGUGUUAAACCCCAGGCAGAUGUGCCGGACUUGCCUCUCCCUGUGUUGAGGGGGGGUCCUGUGAGGGCAGCUUGGCACAAAAUCCGAACACACGUUUACAUGCCGUUUCAGACCAAGUUCUUCUUUGUCAUAAUGAUUUAUCUUUAGUGGCAAUUCUGCUUUUAAUCUCUGCUUGCCUAAGAAUCGGAUGUCAAAUUAAGCCCCGGAAUCAGAAUGACACCCAGAAGAUCACAUCAAGCUGCAGUCCAGAUCCAUGCUUUCUGUCCGUGUUCUCCACACAAUUGUUCACUGGCUGCUCCCCUAUAAGAUGGUAAGUGCAGUCACUCCCCCUACAGCCUUUAUCCGAGAUCAAACAAGAGUCUCAAAAGCAGCAACUUUUCCCCCUCUGCCUUCAGCUUGUGGGUCUGUGUUUGCAAUGGACUGCCAGGGCUUGUUUCAUUUCUCCUUUUUCUCUUCCCGAUUGAUUCCCGUGUGUCCUCUCCUCUUAAGCAUUUAAUGGCAGAUCAGGAAUGUAACAAAAAGGACAGAGGUAUACAUACACUGGGUAGCUUCUCCACCUUCCAGCAUCCCCGGAUAUUACUUUCUAUUCUUCUUCUUCUUCACCACCACCAUGUAUCAUUCAUUAAAAAAAGAGUGCUGUCAGGUAGAGUGCCUUCUCAAAACUGCCAUAUUUAUGGUCAUGAUCUGCAACAAAAAGCAAGCAAAAAUGCAGUUGUUGCAAAUGUAUAUUUAAAACAGUUUGCAAAAAAAAUGGAUUUUCAUUGUAUUGGAGAGAAAUGAUCACGGGCUGUGUAUAAACUCCAGGGAGAGGAGGAGAUCCACCGUCCCUUUCCUUUUUUUUCCCUGUGUAAUAUAACACACACACUCAGAUCCCAGGGCUUCUCAGACAGUCUCAACUGAUAGACAGACACAUCGAGCUGCUUUUCCUGCUUCACUAAGUGACUCCUCCCCCAGCUGCCAACGUCACCCUGACACUUUCAUAUAGAUCUCACACAAACCACACCUGUCAAUCUAUUUAAUUGCUUUGUUUUCAUUUUUACCAUGUCUGUGUCUCUCUCCCCCCUCCCUGCCUCUUUAAAGAUAAACAACAUGACAAUGUUAAAAGAAGUCUUUAUAAAUAAGUGAGUAGAGGCAACAUUUCACUGAGUGGUUAGAUUUAAUGCUUAAAUUAACCUCUUUGGUACCCUGGAACUCCAAGGGUUAAAUGACUGUUAUUUUGGAUUCUAGCUGCAAACUGCUAGAACACACACACAUGCAUAAUCUACACAUUCAUCUCUGUAUCUUUCAAUAUACACAUACACACUUCUUGUUUAUAUUCACAUACAUUGUUGUUGUUUUUUAGAUGUGGUGUAUUAAAUUAAUAUAUAAAUAGAGUAAUUCAUUGUAACAAAAAAUAUUAUACAUACAGUUUUUUUUUUUUACUCAAGUGUUAAAAAAAAUUAAAUAGGGACACAAUGUAAACUGAAUUGAGUUUAGAAGAUUUUAAUCUUCUUUUACAUAUACACAUUUAACUAUGCUGCAAGGCAAAUCAGCUACCAUGGAAAUGUGAUCCUGUAUGCAAGGAUUUAUAAUGGGUACAUUUACUUCCAUCAGUGCACAGUGGGUUAAUUAAUAGCAGAAUUACAUGUACUGUGUAACAAAAAGUCUUUUAGACAAUUUAUUGUCAUACCUUUCAGUUGCUAUUAUUAUUUUAUUAUUUAUAUAGCGCCAGCAAAUUCCGUAGCGCUGUACAAUUGUUCUAUGAAUAAUAAACGGAAUAGUUUAUUUAUAUACAUAUUAAAUUAAUGGUUUAUUUGAAUCACAUGUAAUUGGAAAUGUAUGAAAGAGGUAAUGAAACAAAAUUUAAAAUCAUAUUAAAAGAAUACACCCUUUCAGAACCAGAGUGAUUAAUAAUUAAUGUCUUUUUUCAAAUCACAUACAGUGUUAAAUACUCUAAUUCAAUGUGUCCUCUCUAUAUAUGAAUGUUUGUUUAUAUAUAUAUAUAUAUGCACACACCAACAAUAAACCAAUCACACAGUAUAGUCUUUUAAAUAUAAUAUAUAUCUGUUAUACAUAUAAUAAUGAAACCUCAGACGCACUUAUAUUGAAUAUUUAACAUUACAAAUGGCUUUUAGAAAUUCUUAAAAUUCUUUAAUUUGAAUAGCCUUUUUGACUUCCACUGGGUGGCUGUUCCAGGUAUCUACUACCAUUUAUGGUUAAUACAAGAAUGAAACUGAGUGCCAAGCUUUAAAAAUGAAUACGUAAAUGAACAUAUUGCUCAGGUCUCUUUUCAGAGCAGGGGUUUCUCUGGGGGGGUUGGUGUAGAGGACACUUGAAUUGCACUCUCGGCUUGCCCAUUCAGACACGUGCAGCAUUCUUCUAUGGCUUGGCCCCACACAACAGUCUCUCUUUGAUGUGGAGAGGUUUCCACCUCCCUGUACAAAAGGCUUCCCCAGCUGCAGACUUCUCAGGGUUGAUUUGUAUCACCUUGCUAGGGAAGUGAACAUUUCACAUGGGAAGAGGAGGGACUUAUCUAGUGCAGGCAAUUGCUCCUGAGCACCAUAAAAUAAUCACACCAUACAUUAUGCUCCAGUUUCUCUGUUUAACCCUCUCUCCCUUCCAUGAAUUUGCUGACUUAACUCAUUGUAUGCUAGUUGCUUGUAAUGAUACUUUUACUUGGCAGGACUUGGUUAAAAGCAGCAUGCUAUAUAAUAAACAUUUCCCAGUGUUUCUCACGGAGGGAUAGAUUUCUAUAAGAACAUUUUCAAGUGUUUUGUUUUAUUACAUCAUAAUCAAAAGAAAACAAUAAGUCCUGAGGCAACAAACUUAAACAGGCAAACAAAGCUAAACUGUCUGAUUGCUCUGUAUUAGGCAACCUGUUCUGCAAAUUCUAAAAGGUAAACAAUGUUUAUUCCAAUCAGUUAAGAUAUUAUCUGGAAGCAUGUUCCGGGGGUGUAGCAGGAGAGUUGAAAGCUGAAAGCACUGGCUGCGCUGUAAAGUGUGUGUACUGCUGUGUGUGCUCUGGUUAAAAACAGGCUGCAGACAGUGCGGGGCUGAGAGCCAGAGCUCAACUUUCUUCCUGUUUCAUUUUAGUGACGGUGCUGGAGAAGAUCAGCUCCGGGGGAUUUGGCCGCUUUUCUAUCUACUGGAUUUUUUUUCCACUUUCCUUCCUAAGGGCUUGGAAAAGAAAGGGGUGGGAGGGAACGCAGGCAAUAGCAAGGCUGUGUCAGUUUUGCAUUGAGAGACCCGCCUAAUUAUUUGUUUCUUUUGCACAGUGCUUCCCUUUGCCUGAACAGCAGCAGCAGGCUGGGUGCCUGAUCCGGCCUGUGUGUAGUCAGCAAGCUGCAGUAGGAUACGGCUCAGAGUGCAAAGUGCAGAGCCUGUCAUGAGUUUCCUUCGCACUAAGGCAGGCUUCAGGUUGCUGGGUCAAGGUUGGCAGCAUAUAAAACCAAAGCCUGUGAUCUGUCACUCAUUUGGUGCUCGGCCUAUUGUGGACAUGUCCUAUUCCCACCACUUUGUGGAUUUUCACGGCUCCUCUAUCCCCAGUUCUAUGAAAAAGCUGGUGGUCACCGAGCUCAGCCCUAACUUCAAAAAGGCAGUUACCUUAAUUCCCGAUGCCCCCGUGCCAGUGCCUGGGGACGGAGAUCUUCUCAUCAGAAAUCGGUAAGCAACCAGAUAAUGCAGUUUUUCAGUUACAUUAGUGUUUAUUUUGUGACAUUGCACAACACAGUGUACUUCAGGCUCAAGAGCACUUUUUAAUUCCCCUCUAGCUGACACACCCCCAUCAGCAAUACUACACUCUUGUAGUACUGUCACUUUUAAAGAACCAUGUGGAAUUGUACAGGCCUACCAGCAUUGCUGUCAGUCUGCAAAAAUAAACUUGAAAAAAUCUAAACUUUUGUGUGUGUGUGUCACUUUAAAUAUAACUAGUAGUGCACACUUUUAUGAGCAAACUAUCAUUGCAAACAAGUUCACCUCAUUAUAUACUCCAGAUAUGUUCAUGAGUGUUAAACUAUAAAUACUUGACACCCAGAAGCAAUUAUUUCACACAUUCUAAAAUUAACCUUUUUACUAAACAAUAACAACAUAGCAAUGAAGGGGUUAACUUUCUUUUUCUUCUCCUCUUUCUCCUUAUAAGAAUUGCCCUCCCAUUCACACCAUAGAUCACUUUUUAACUAUCUGUUUUCAGCACCAAACACCUGAUCUCAUUCCAUACGUUCAGAGCUUUAAUUCCUCCUAUGACAUCAGAUGAUAUUCUUAUCGAUCCAAUUAGUUAUUCCUUACCUGAAGUUCACAAAUUCUAUGUUUCAUGGGAGGUGGGCUCAUAUUAUCACUGUUUGCGAUGCAAAUGCAGCUUUACAGACAACUCAGAAGACUUUAAAGUCAUACAGAAAGAGUGAGUUGUGUUGAAACCCCAGGAGCAGAAUGAUCCCUUCCCUAAAGUUUGCUGUACAUGUCACUAACCUUUCAAGAAACACUGAAUCCACAGGAAGAGAAAUCACUUCUUGUAGUCAGCUGCCUCUCUUCUUCUCCUUCUGUCCCUCCUCACCAUCUCUAUCAUUUUUGUCAUCACCUCCCUCACUCCUGGGAAACGCAGCCUACAGGCAGUAAAGUAGAACUAGCCAGAGAAAUGGACCACAGUCUACCCUGCCAUAACUUGCCGUUCAUUUCUUUAAGGUUUAGACAGAUAUACCUACAGUAAACAGAAAUUCAAUAACAGAAAAUAUAUGUAUGUUUAUUGUAUGUAGCUAUAAAAUUCUCAUACGUUUUUAUAUAUAUAUAUAUAUGCAAUGUGUAUACAUACAUAUCAUUUUAAUAAUAUAUGCGGAAAUUAUAUGUAUGUCUAAGUGUGUGUGUGUGUGUGUAUGUGUGUGUGUAUAUAUAUAUAUAUAUAUAUAUAUAUAUACACACACACAAAAAUUAUACCGGUUAUGUUUUUAGGUUAGUUUGUUUGAAGUAUUUUAAACCAUUUCUUUUGCAAAUCUGCUUUCUUAUUAUGUAUUUGUACUCUGCGAAAUACAAGAAAAACAACAACAUGUCAUUGGAUUAAUAAAAAAAAUAGAUAAAGCUUUCAUCCAUCACUGCAAAUAAGUCUCCCAGGGAUGAAUGUUAUUAAGAGGCCCUUGAUAUGAAACCUUGUUGAGAUCACUUCUCAUCUUUCACUGUAUCUAUAUCUCAAAGCAGCUGGGUUAAGCAAUGUAAGGAAGAACAUAAACCACAACUAUCUUAUUGCAAUGCUUAACUCUGCUUUUUCGAAGUGUAUAUACUAUUUGUAUAUUCUGAAACACAUCUUCUUUACUGAACCACAAUCAUACAACAAGGAUCUGAUAAGAUACCCCUAUGUGUACUCCUGUCUAAUUCAUUUACUUAUAUUAUGCAAAAAUGUUUUUGUACCCCACAUUCAGUUUUUUUAUAAUCUACAUCAUCAUAAUGCUCAAAUAUACCUUUAAACAUGCAGCUAGCUAGUUAGACCUUCACUAAGAAUUUUCAGGCCAGCUUUUAAGCCAGACUCUUCAUUAUACCUUAACCCUUUAACAACCUAUGGAUUUAUAGUAACCCCCUUCACCUUCUCACAAAAAACUGUGGGUGUGGUGUCACCUUCUUUCUUUAAAAAAAAAAAAAAAAAAAAAGCCACACCCUGAAAAUUCACAUUUGGUCCAGAUUCAUAUGUAUCAGCCAUUAAUAUAAAUAUUAAAUAAACCUCAUUCUUGUCUUAUGUAGAUAGGCAAUAUUUUGGGGUAAAAUUCUGACCCAUUUUGAGGUUUACUAUAGUACUGUCAAAAAUGUUUAUGUGUAUAUAUAUAUAUAACAUUUGUAUACAUUCAGGGUAUUUUAAGUGGUUUUAAAUAAAGAAACCAACAUGUAUGUAAAACAAUUUCAAAAUAUAUAAACUAGGCUGCUUGUGGAAUUUGAAAAAAAUUAUUUACUAUUUUCUAUUCAGAAAAGAUGAUUGUAUUUAAUAAUUUUAUUUGACAAAUAUCUUCUUUCAAAUGUAGUGCUGUUGAAAUAAUAGUGAAAUAAUACUGUGUUUUUAUAGAAUUCCCAAACGUGCAAUUUGAAUUAUUUUUCUUUAAUUAUUCUGUUAUAUUAAAAAAAUGCAUUUAUUACACUAAUUUAAAAAGCUAUGAAACUUUCACUUUUAGAUACCCAAAAACUCAGUAAACCAUAAUUUAAUAAUAAAUCAAAUUAUUUCUGUGUACCAAUUUUUCUGAUAUCUACACUCUUUUUUUGUUAUAAAUUUCAUUUAAACUUAGUUCCAGAUUUUUACGAAUGUCGUUACAAGCUGUCGUUGCUUCUAAAUGUAACUAGCUUGGUAAACAAUUGUGAACGUUUUGCAUUUAAACAUUAUAUAUGUAGAUAUAGCUGUACUGUUUUAUACAUUUCAGCAGCCAUGAGGUACAUUAUAUUAAGAUACAGAUUAAAUAUAUUUUUAGAUAUCACCGUGCAAAAUAAAAAUUGAUCGCAUUUAAAAAUUACGGUACUAUUCUUUCAUACAUUUCAGCAUUUUGUUCCACAUCCUACUUUUAUGCAUUUUUAACUGUAUAUCUUUUGAAAGAUUUGGGGGAAUUUUUUAAUCAUUUUUAGAAUUUUAUUUAUGUAAUUUAAAAAAUUGUUUGCAAAGGUAUUAUUCAACAUUUUUGAUAGCACUAUAUUUGACCCAUUUAUGUUCUAGUCUCAGAGACUAUUAUAACCCACUGCAAUUUUUAAUUUAACUGUUUAAAAUAGGGGGACAAAUAUAUCAAUUAUAUAAUAGGUUUUUAAACUCUGAUACUAUUAUACGUGAACUUAUGCAACAUGCAAAUAAAAGCUGCUUUUGAUAGAAAUAAGAGUUAGUCUAUGUUUUCAAAGAAAGAGAUAUUCUGUGGGUGGUCACUUCCCAGACUGGCAGGACAUUAAGAGCUAUAUGAGAAAUAGCCUCUUAGUUUGCAGAAGAGAAUAGCAGUUUAUUUGCUCUGUAUGCAGUUCAGGAUGUAUUUUAAAGCAGAAAGCUGCAGCCGAUAGGUCUAAUGUAAAAUAGAACCUUUGACCCUUGAGCAUGGAAUUGAGAUUAGAGGAGUUUGUGAAAUUCUGUUAAGGGUUAACCUUGCCUUGAAACACCUCGGGGUAACCAAAAGCAUAUGACCUAUCCCAUCAGUCAACUGGUGGCUACCUACAGUAAUUCUUGCCUGAUACGAAUGAGCAUCACUUGCUUUUAUUUUACACUCUGCCUUUGACCCAUGAAGGAGGAAUUUCUUGUAUAAAGCUUUCAUCUAAUGCAGACAGGUUGUGAUUUUAUUUGGCCUCACUACUUUUUGUUUGUAUGGCGUACUUUUAUAUUCAAUAGGAGCCUUUCAUGAAUUCAUUUUACAUUUUUUUUUUACUUUUGUAUUAACCCCUUGGGAUUUAGGGGUGACAGUGCACUGCAAUACAUUUAGCAUCACUAUGGUUAAAGUCAGAGAAUAAAACUAUUAUUUUUUGUAAUUUUUUUUUUGCUAUUCUAAAAUAUCUCAUUCUUCGAUGUAAAUAAUUUGGCUGUUAUAAGAAUUGUAAUAUACCUUAUCUGGAUUUUAGUUUCAAUUAUUCUCCCAUCUCUGUUUCAUUUCACCUUCUACUCUGCAGUGAAGUGGGUUUUUUUUUUUUUUUUUUUGCUUGUUUGAUUUUUUUUUCAGUGGACGCUGAAUUUAACAUCUACAUAUACUUACAUACACUGAUAUAUUUUGCACUUUGUUGAAGCACAAUUUAUUUAAGAUGUUUCAUUUUUUUUUUUUCAUUUUAUUUUAACGGGUGCUAUUGUAGUUGGGUAAAUUCUAAUAAACCCUAAUGACCAAUCACAGUAAUGUGGGGUAUCGGUCUGUAUAAGUUAUAAUUAUCUAUGAUUAUCUGUAAAAAAUGUAAGAAAAACAACUCCGCAGUUUGUAACCCAGCAACAUGUUUGCUUACAUUGAGGGAGGGUUGCUUUAAGUACCUCUUAACUAAAUCACACAACCCCAUUUUAGAGAGCUCCUUGCAAACGCUAAAAUUACACCUGGUCCACUAAUUUUGGUUGUGACUAUUGUUCUAUAAUGAAGGUGGAGUCAGUGCUCAGCCUUAAAAUAUUUCCUUUUGUUUAUGCUGCUGAGUUAUCUUUUACCAAACCAGUAAGCUGUCCUAUCUUUCAUUAAGUUUACCCAAUACAUAUAUGCUAUAUUCAUGUUAGAUAUGUAUGUGGCAUAAAUUAUUUUUUCAUUGAAAAAUGCAUUGCUGCCCAAAACUGUUAAAUGUACAAUUCAUUUUAGCAUUCCUUUUGGUUCCUGCAAAUGAUCCUACAAAUUUCAAAUCUGAAUUAAUUUACUAAUCAUAUCACAAACAUUUCAUUGCUAAUGUAGGGACCACACACUGCCCCAUAUAAUAACUGAAGUGCCAAACAUUUUGUACAGUGUAACUCCAAACAAUUCAAUGAGCUAAUGAGGGUCACUUUUUUGUGAGAUGUGAGUGUGCAGAUCAACCAUUUCUAGGAGACAGAUGAAGUUGGUUAUGCAUCUUUAUGGAAUUAGACUCCUCAAAUUCACACACAUUUAUGCACCUAUUCACUAAAUUCACAUACCUUGCUGUGACACAAAACAAACUAACAAACACUUUUUUUUUUCAGCUUAUAUGUUACUAGUCUAAUUUGCACAAUUAUAUCAAUUUGUGUUGUUUUAAGUGUAUAUAUAAUUACAAUGCAGAACAUGCUACUUCAUUUGUUGCAUUGAUUCUUUUCUUUAACAUGACUAGAUUAUUCAUUCUUACUUUACCCUGUCUUACCAUUACAUGUUUGUUACUUAACACCUUGCAAAAAGCAAACAUCCGAAAUUAAUAGAAAAGCGUGAUGAGAAUUGUGUCCCUUAUUAGAGUUACUAGGCCAGGUUUUUCGGUAUAAGCCUUUCGAGACGCUAUUGGACUAUAUGGCUUACAUUCCUCAUUGAGCCAUAGACUUCAAGAAAAGUAUGGGAAAUGUAGUAGGAAUAUAUAUAUAUAUGUGUGUGUGUGUGUGUGUGUGUGUGUAUAUAUAUGUACUGUAGUACACUGUUUUUUGUCAGUAGAACCUAAAAUAAAGGAAGAUUUUAUCACACAGGGUUACUUGAUCUAUGCUUUUUAAUGCAUUAUAUAGAAAAUAUAUUUUUUUAAAUAAUGAUACAGAAACUCUGUAAAAAUUGACUCCAUUUACAAUAAAUCCCCAGUUUUUAGAAACCUUGCAGUGAGAAUGGUCCAGAAACUGACAAGCCUAUAGGGAUGCCCCAAUAGUGUUCUAAGGCAAACAGUUUUUUUUUAACCAUAGAUCUCUGCAUAACAUGACUUUAUAGGCAGAGCUGGAGUUUAUGGGAAUAGUACUUCAGCAGUCAGUUUUCUACUUAUAAAACCUGUUCGCUGAACUGCAACUCCAAAGAUAUUUGAGGUCCUUUUUGAUAUCCUAUACAAAAGUUUUGCUUAAAGCGGCACUGUCAUGCCAAACUUACCUUUCCCUAAUUGAUUCCUCUUCUCUCCUUCUGUCAGGAUCUGUUCUUCAUUUCUUCCAGUCUGCUCUAGUUUUCUUUAAAACCUAAGACAAAGCAGGGACUAUUUGUCUUAUGGAGCUUUCCUACGCCUGACAAGCUUUGACCAGCGGAGGAGCAAAGUGUGCUUCACUUACAGUGAUCAAAGCAAUUUUCCCACAGUUCUCACCUUUGAUCCGUGAUUUUGCGAUGCCGUCUGUCACUUAGACAGAACGCCGGCGAAACUACCGAAUUUCGUCCUAACAGAAUGAGAACAGUUUGUUCAUUCAUAGGAACGAAACUCCGAUCCUAUUCGUGUCGCGACUGCAUCUUACAGCCGUUUAGUAGAUAGCUCCCUAAUUCCCCCUGAGCGCCGGGUGGGGCCCCUAAAUUAUAGUAAGGGGGGACCUAUUGUCCUUCCUCCUCAGCCCACACCCUUGAGCGGCGGGUGGGGGCCCUAAAAGAAUAUGUGGGGGAGAUCUAUUGUUCUCCCCCUCCACCCCUGAGCGGUGGGUGGGGGCCUAAAUAACAAUAGGGGGGACCAAGUGCCCUCCCCCCGGUCCACACCUCUGAGCGGCGAGUGGGGGCCCUAAAUGAAAAUGGAGGGCCCCCACCUGCCGCUCAGGGGUGUGGGAUGGGGGGGUGGGGGGGGUGUUGGUUUAAGCCAACCAUUUCAGAGUGCCUUUACAGGUAAAUGAAGAGACUGACAGGUAGAGUUCUUUAGAAUUUUCCCAUGCUGUGUAAUUUGACUCAUAACUCUGACUGGUUGUUUGAUAGCAACCAAUCAGAGUGUUUAUAAGUCAAAUUACACAGCAUUGGAAAAUUCCAAAGAACUUUCCCACGCUGUGUAAAAUGACACAGAGCACUCUGGUUGGAUUUCAAGCCAACCAAUCAGAGUGCUGUGACAGGUAAAUUUAGAGACUUACCUGUCAGUCUCUUCAUCUACCUGUCAGAGCACUCUGGUUGGCUUAAACCAACCAAUCAGAGCGCUCUGAGCAUAAUUGCAGGGCGUGGGAAGGCUUUAUAAACCUUUCCCCACCCUGCGGAGCUCAGUCUGCACUGUGCCCUCACUUGGUGAAGGCAGAUUACUUUUUUAGUGUCAAGUUUUUUUCUUUUCGUGAUUUUUUUUUUUUUUUCACUCAGGUUUUUUAUUUUAUUUUCAAAGUCCGAGGGGUAUUUUGGACUUUUAUUUGGCCUUUUUGAGGGGCUGAAAAAAAAUAACCAUUUGAUGUCUUUUUCCUAAAAUCUUUUAUUUACAGGGAUUCAGUUUUACAGUUUCUUCCACCCCCCCCCCACCCCCACUAUUUUUAUUAUUCAUUUAAAAAAUAAAUACAUUUGGGGAUGGGGGGGUGACUAGGGGCUUGGGUACCCCUAGUAACCAGGGGGCCCCCACCUGCUGCUUGUCAGGGGGGACAAUAGGUCCCCCCACCCUCCGCUCAGCGGUGGGGGCCAGGGGAACAAUAGGUCACCCCCCCAUUUUCAUUUAGGGCCCCCACCUGCUGCUCAGGGGUGGGCGCCGGGUGGGAGUACAAUAGGUCCCCCCCCACAUUUUCAUUUAGGGCCCCCACCCGCCUCUCAUGGGGGAGGCUGUGGCGGAGGACAAUAGGUCCCCCCCCUUAUUGUUAUUUAGGGUCCCCACCCACCGCUCAGGGGUGGGGGCUGGGGUGGGGUGGAGUGGCGCAGUAGGUACCUCAUUCAGUGUAAGAGGGAACAAUCAAAAGUGUUAUUAAACAAAAUUAUUCUGAAUAAAAUUAUGUUAAUUAAAAAGCACCUGGUGCAACUGUAACUUACAGGAACCCUAUAGUGUUAUGAAUACAAAGCUGUAUUCCUAACACUAUAAUGUUCCUAAGCAACCCCACUCUCAUGCCCCCCUUGACAGUUUACUCACUAAAACACUCCCCUUAUUCCAAUGUCCCUCAGCUCUGUCUUUGCCUCCUCCUCUUCCCUCAACGUCCACAUUGAGGGGGUACUUAAUGUGCACAUGUGGCAAGUGCUGCGCGCAUUAGGCCAUAUUAUCCAUAGAAAAGCAUUGAAUCAGUGCUUUCUAUGAGGGAUUUGAAGAUGCUGGAUGUCCUCAGUGUGGUAGACAGUCACUAGAGACAGUCUUAACCCUGCAAUAUAAAUUUAGCAGUUUCUUUAAAACUGCAAUGUUUUAGAUUUCAGGGUUAUGGGACCAGGGGCAGACCACUUCAAUGAGAUGAAGUGGCCUAGGUGUCUAUGGUGUCCCUUUAACAUUUAACCUAAUAUGUCUGGAGUUUCCCCUUAAAGUAUGUCUAUGCAAGACAAUAAUAAUAAUAAUAAUAAUAAUAAUAAAAUAAUAUCCUUUCUGGCUGGUUAUCAUCCACUUCUAAUGGAGACUCCUUGUGGGUUAAAACUAGUUGCUGCCAGUGUAGUGUGUUUUUUCUGAAAUGUUGCCAUUUCAGAGUUCUCAUAUUCUCUGGUUUUGUUGCAGUACAUUUACUUGUAGGAACACUUUAGGGUCAGGAACACAAACAUUCUAUGUUUCUAUGUUUCUGACCCUAUAGUGCUAAAAUUCCAUCCAGCCCCCCUGCCAACCAUUGCCUCCCUAAAUAUAGUAAAGUCGUACUUGUAUUCAAGAUGAUUGAAUCAAUGCAUCUCUAUAAGGAACGUUCAGUGUCUCCAUGGAGUGGGUGGAGACAAUGAAUUGCUGUGCAGCACUGCCCCAGGAAGUACCUCUAGUAGCAAUCUGAGGAGUGGCCAGUGGAGAUGUCACUAUGCUAUAAUGUAAAUACUGCAUUUUCUCUGAAAUUAUAGUGUUUACUGCAAAAGGCUAUGAACAGAAUGAUUCUACUUACCUGAACAAAUAUAAUAAGCUGACGUUGUUCUGGUGACUAUAGUCUCCCUUUACGUUUUCCUUUAGUUAAAAGAGUAAGACGUAGACCCCAUGCUCAUUCUGCCUUGAGGGGCAUCGGCUUCACCUCCCUGCGGCCCAAAGAAGGCUGAAAUAAUCAUCCAGGGUUGCUGUAUCGCUCAUGAAGAGGGUACUUACCAGCAUUUUGGAUCUAGACUGCCCUUGUGAGCGGCAUCAGUCUGAUAUGCAAAUGGUAUAACUUCUACCUGUAAUUACACAUGUGAGCAAAAGGAUAUUUUGGGACUAAAGCGAGGACUACCUGAAGAGCAAUCUGUUGAGGUUUCUCUGAGCUUUUGCCUGUUCUCAGAGUUCUUAUAUUCUUUGUUUUUGUUGCCAGUGGAGAGUGUGUCUUAGCUGUGGCCUUGUGUUCCGUAUGAUAUAGAAGACUUUAUUUAGAUGAUGAAUAUAGCAAAAUCUUUAUUUAGCAAAACCUAUAUGGAACUGAGAGUGCAACACUGAUGCUAAUUAUUUAGGCCAGAAGCUAUUAAAUGCACAAAAUGUCAUGCUGAUGCCUUUAGUGGUGUAAUGCAUAUGCUGUGCCCUUUUUUUUUUUUUUUUUUUUUUUUUUUUUUUUUUUUUUUUUUUUUUUUUUUUUUUUGUCUUUUUAUGAGGUAUUCUGGUUUUGACUAGAUAACCAAAAAGAGAGGGUCAAUGUAACUUGUAAUGUAGCACUAAUUCUAUCACAUUAAAGUAAUAUACUCUUCCUCCCCAUAAGUAUUUUCUUAAAGGGAAAUUCUCAUCACCAUUUUGCAGAGAAUGCAACAUUUAAAAAAAAAAAAAAAUGAGGAGAGCCAUAAGAGUUGCAGAAGGGUGGAGGGAUAUAAGGUGAAUACGUGUGUAAACGUAAGAAAUUUUAAUAAAGGCUAAUCAGGAUGAGUGUCGCGUACACGUUAGGCCUUCCUUAUAGGAAAGCACAGGUUUUUUUUUCAAGAUGCUAGAUGUCCUCAUGCAAAGCGUGAAGACGUCAAAUGUCAAUUAACAGAGUUAAACGCUAUGAAACAGCAGGAAGCGCCUCUAGUGACUGUCUGUUAGAUUCUUGAGGCAGUCUUAUCCCUGCAACAUAAACAUUGCAGUUUCUCUAAAACUACAAUGGUUUAUAUUGCAGGGUUAAGGGGUCAGGGACACUGCACCCAGACCACUUCAAUGGGAUAAAGUUGUCUGGGUGCCUACAGUGCCUACAGUGUCCCUUUUAUGUUUUAACAAGCUUUACUUUGUUUUGGAUUCCAAACUGUGUGCUAGUUUAAGUUCCUCUGACUUCUGCUGAUGUUUGUUUUGUACUUCGUAAUUAUGUAAGAUAUAUCUCAAGCCCUGAGAGAUUGUAUGGUUGUAUGUUGAGAAUUUGUUUUAAAUAGUUGUGUAAAUUGAAUACUGCUUUCACAUAUACUUUAUUUAUUUGAGAAGCUGAUGAGAAAAUGCUGAGAACUUUUGCCCUCUUACAAAUAUUUGAUCAGCAUACUGGGAUAGGUUGCUGAUCAUUUUAUAACUCAUUAACCAAAUCUCAAUAACUACUUAUAUAUAUAUAUAUGAUCUACAACAUUUGUAGUCAACCAUCUUCAGUGGCGUCUCCAGCAUUCAUAUUUAGGGGGGGGCACAUGGGGGGCCGGGGACAGAAGUAGGGGGGCAAUUACAAAGCGUGUGUGUGUAUAUAUGCAUAUAUAUAUAUAUAUAUAUAUAUAUAUAUAGUAUAUAUAUAUAUAUAUAUAUAUAUAUAUAUAUAUAUAUAUAUAUAUAUAUAUAUAUAUAUAUAUAUACACACACACACUAAAAGUUAACAACAGCAUUUCAGCACCUUGAUAAAUAUGCAAAGGACCUCUAUAGGCACCCAGACCACUUCAGCUUAAAUGAGUGGUUCCAAGAGGACCUCUAGGAUUAACCCUUUUUUUUACUCAGCUUGUGUUUCAAGUUUAUAUAUUUCGAAUUAGCCAGCAGCCUCCUCUAUCUCUAGUGGAGCAGCCUUAGAAGCGUUUUCUCACUGUGAAAAUCACAGUGAGAACGCAUAGCGAUCCAUAGAAAGCAUUGUAAAUGCUUUCCUAUCGACAAGCUGAAUAAGCGGCUCCUGCGCGCAUGCGCUGUCAGCCGAUAUUAUCGCGAGCAAGGAGGAGUACAGCUCCCCGCCGGGCGAAAGGUAAGUGUUUAACCCCUUCCUCUCUCCAGAGCCCGGCGGGAGGGGGUCCCUGAGGGUGGGGGCACCCUCAGGGCACUAUAGUGCCAGGAAAACGAGUAUGUUUUCCUGGCACUAUAGUGGUCUUUUAAGUCUGCUUUAGAGAUGCAGUUGUAACAAUAUCUCAUGAUGCCAGAAUUGUUACAAAACUAGUUUAAAAAAAAAAUAUAUAUUUUUAACAAUAAUUUACAACAUGCAAUUUGAAGGGAAUUUAAAUUAACACUUCUAUAUAAAUAUUUCACAUACAUAGAAAAUGGUCACUUAACAGUGUAUUCUCUACGCUAUAGUUUAAGCAUUUUAAAGUGACACAAAGUUGUAUUUUGAAAUGCUAAUUCAAAUGAAUUUUUACUGUAAGAAGAGCAGAUUUAGCUCCACUUCCAUGAACAAUUAAAAAUGGUUGGCACUAAAGUUUGUGCCCUGACCUAUAGUUGGUGAAUACUAUACCAACACAAACUAAAAUUACUUGUUUCAUUCUCUUGCUCACAAUAUGGAAUCCUGGGUACAUGCAUAUCAUUUACUCAAACGCUGCAAUUAAAGUUCACGUUACUUACAGUAGUAGUGCCACUGUCUGGAGUGUCUGCUCCGCUCACUCAGUCCCUCUGCAAAUUGGACUCUCAGGUAGGUAAGGUUUCACACCUUAUGUGGGGCCGCACUGCAAACUGUUUGCAAUCUCUGGUAAGUAAGGUGACACUGUCACAACACUGUCUGCAAUCUCAGGAGUAAGUGCCACUGUCAUACCACUCACUGUCUGCAAUCAGGAGUAAGUAACCUUUGUCACACUCACACCACUCACUGUAAUCAGUGCAAUUAAUUCACUUUUCUCAGAACCUAGAUGUGGCAGAGGCAGCGGGCCACAAUACCUGCUCCUCUCUGCUUGAUCUGUUCUGCCUCCUUUGCUCUUGCUCCUCAAAGCUUGCUCUGCUCCUCUUUGCUUGCUCUGCUCUGCCUCCUCUCUGCAUGCUGUGCUUCUAUUUGCAUGGUCUGCUUUUACUCCUCUCUGCUUGCUCUGCUCCGCCACUCUCGACUUGCUCUGCUUUUCUCUACUUACUCUGCUCUGCUCCUCUCUACUUGCUCUGCUCUUGUCCUCUCUACUUGCUCUGCACUGCCUCUUCUCUGCUUGUUCUGCUCCUCUCUGUUUGCUCUGCUCCUGCACAUAUUGCCUAAUACAUACAAACCCAUACACACACACUGCCUAAUACAUCCAUCCAUCCAUUUAUACACACAUAUUGCCUGAUGCAUACAUCUAUACACACAUAUUGCCUAAUACAUAGACCUAUAAACGCACACUGCCUAAUACAUUCUCACUGAAUACUUACAUCCAUACACACACACUGCCUAAUACAUCCAUCUGCACACACAUAUUGCACAAUACAUAUAUUGCCUAAUACAUACACCUAUACACGCACACUGCCUAAUACAUACAUCCAUACACACAUACUGCCAAAUACCAGACAUCCCAUGUCUCCCGGUAGUUCAGGGAGACUCUCGCAUGUUGAAUGCGGUUCCCUGACACCCGCAGAUCAUACAUAAUAUCCCGGAAAUCACACACACAAUCAAAUCUAUAAGGUAUGACUUCUGUGCAUGUCAAUAUGUGUGUGUAUCUGUGUGUGUGUUUCAGUGUGUGUAUCUGAAUGUAUGUGCCAGUGUGCGUUUCAAUGUGUGUAUCUGUGUGUCAGUGUGUGUGUAUGUGCCAGUAAGCAUAUCUGUGUGUCUGUGUGUGUUGGUGGAGGGGGGGGGAGUGAGCGCAAGCAUAUCAGGGGGAGGUGGAGUGACCGCACAUGUGCACGGGGGUGGCAUAGUAAAUUGUGAAGCCACCUCCCUGAAAUGCAUUUUUGCAUGUUAGGAUACAUUUUACAUUAAAUAUAUAAUUUAUAGCUGUGAUAAUAUUUUCAUCCAUUUGGUGGGAUUUUAUUUAUAAUAUUGUGGGAUUUUAUUUAUAGUAAUGGGUUUACGUUAACUAAUGUUACAGUGAACCUGUCUAACACUGUAAGAAACAUUUUUUUCAUUAUAAUCUAUCAAAUGUAUUAUGAAUAUAAUUGGUCGCAUAGUCACUCGCACACGUCACUUACACACUCUAACAUACACUACUUACUGAAGUAUACACACGUCACACACUCUAACUCACGUAUUAAGUAUAUACACAAUGUCACUGACACACUCACUUACACACACUAUUAUUAAGUAUACACACAAUGUCACACACUAACACAUUAUUAUUACGUAUACACACGUCACUGACACACACUAUUAAGUAUACACACAAUGUCACACACUCCCACUAACACUCACUAUUAUUAAGUAUACACACAAUGUGCCACAAUCUCACUAACACACACUGUUAAGUAUACACAUAAUGUCACUGACACUAUUAAGUAUACACACAAUGUCUCACACUCUCACUAACACACACUAUUCAGUAUACACACACACACAAUGUCUCACACUCUCACUCACACACUAUUCAGUAUACACAUACUCUCACUAACACACUAAUCCGUAUACACACACACACAAUCAAUGUCUCACACUCUCACUAACACACACUAUUCAGUAUACACACAAUAUCUUACACUCUCACUAACACACACUAUUCAGUAUACACACAAUAUCUUACACUCUCACUAACACACACUAUUCAGUAUGCACACAAUGUCUCACACUCUCACUAACACACACUAUUCAGUAUACACACACACAAUGUCUCACACUCUCACUAACACACACUAUUCAGUAUACACACACACAAUGUCUCACACUCUCACUAACACACACUAUUCAGUAUACACACAAUAUCUUACACUCUCACUAACACACACUAUUCAGUAUACACACACACAAUGUCUCACACUCUCACUCACACACACUAUUCAGUAUACACACACACAAUGUCUCACACUCUCACUAACACACACUAUUCAGUAUACACACUCUCACUAACACACUAUUCAGUAUAUACACACACAAUGUCUCACACUCUCACUAACACACACUAUUCAGUAUACACACUCUCACUAACACACACUAUUCAGUAUACACACACACACAAUGUCUCACACUCUCACUAACACACACUAUUCAGUAUACACACACACACAAUGUCUCACACUCUCACUAACACACACUAUUCAGUAUACACACACACACAGUCUCACACUCUCACUAACACACACUAUUCAGUAUACACACACACACAAUGUCUCACACUCUCACUAACACACACUAUUCAGUAUACACACACACACAGUCUCACACUCUCACUAACACACACUAUUCAGUAUACACACACACACAAUGUCUCACACUCUCACUAACACACACUAUUUAGUAUACACACACACAAUGUCUCACACUCUCACUAACACACACUAUUUAGUAUACACAUACACACAAUAUCUUACACUCUCACUAACACACACUAUUCAGUAUACACACACACAAUGUCUCACACUCUCACUCACACACACUAUUCAGUAUACACACACACAAUGUCUCACACUCUCACUAACACACACUAUUCAGUAUACACACUCUCACUAACACACUAUUCAGUAUAUACACACACAAUGUCUCACACUCUCACUAACACACACUAUUCAGUAUACACACUCUCACUAACACACACUAUUCAGUAUACACACACACACAAUGUCUCACACUCUCACUAACACACACUAUUCAGUAUACACACACACACAAUGUCUCACACUCUCACUAACACACACUAUUCAGUAUACACACACACACAGUCUCACACUCUCACUAACACACACUAUUCAGUAUACACACACACACAAUGUCUCACACUCUCACUAACACACACUAUUCAGUAUACACACACACACAGUCUCACACUCUCACUAACACACACUAUUCAGUAUACACACACACACAAUGUCUCACACUCUCACUAACACACACUAUUUAGUAUACACACACACAAUGUCUCACACUCUCACUAACACACACUAUUUAGUAUACACAUACACACAAUAUCUUACACUCUCACUAACACACACUCUUACUGAACUAUACACACUCACACAAGUUUAGUCACACUUUAUACACACAAACAUACACAAUAUGAUCAGCCCCCUUGGGCUCCAUGUGGGCCAUCCCUGUGCUAGGGCUGUGGAGGAGGAUCCAUUCAGUACUUACUGCUGGCUGGUCUCCCUCCAUGUUACUGAGAGCCCAGCCUCUGAGCAGAUGGAUCCCCCUGCCUGUAAACACGCACAGACACUGGAGGGAGGAGGAAGCAGGAAGCAGGCUGUGCUCACUGUGCACCGCUCUCCUGCUCCCCUAGCAGAAACAAAGGGGAGACUUCCUGCAGGCUGGACAAUGGUUCCUCCUCCACAGCACUAGAAGUCUCCCCUUCAGUGAGCACAGCCUGCUUCCCUCCUCCCUCCAGUGUCUCUCCAUGUUUACAGGCUGGGGAAUUCCCCUGCCUGCAGGAUCCAUCUGCUCAGGGGCUGGGCUCUCAGUAGCAUGGAGGGAGCCCAGUGAGCAGUAAGUUCAUUUCCAGUUGGGGGGGCACAGCCUGAUCUAGGGGGGGCCAUGGCCCCCUCUGCCCCCCCCCCCCUAGUGACGCCACUUACCAUCUUCACUCCGGAUGUUGUGGACUACAUUUCUCUUGAUGCUGGAUUAUGAAAGAUGUAGUUCACAACACCUGGAGUGCUGAUAGUUGGCUUUCCCUUAUCUACAACUUCAAAGUUGCAUCUGUCCAAACAUCUCAACAUGGCUUUUUUGAGGGGCUUAAAUGUGCAUCAUCUCAUUGCGCGUGAGUGAAGCAAGCUGACAAUUUUGUCAAGAAUGCCCCAUGGUGUUCUGUAUGCAUUGGCAUGUUUUAGGCCAUACUUGCAUAUGCGCUGUUACCAUAUACCAUUGUUAUCAGUGCCAAAGAACGGGAUAUAUACUAAAUAACUGCAAUGGAGAUAGAUUGUCCUUAAAGAGUAUACACAGGCAGUAUUAUGCGUAGAAGAUACUCGUCUACAUUGCCUAUCAUCCGCCAAUUAUUUUUAUGCAAGACUCCAAUUACUAAGUUGAAUUAUGUAUGCAUAUCUAGAAAUGUACAUGUUUUAUGUAAUUCCUCAGUGGACAUACAGCAAGCUCCUGUGUAUCAGAAUUUCUGAAUCCAAAUUUAAUUGGCCCUUUGAGUUCCAAAGGUCUGCUUUACGAACCUAUCUAGUGCUCAAAGGUUUACUAAAUCAACCAGCGCACACGAUAAUACUGAAACUGCUAUUAGCUGGCCCUUUUUUCUUUCCAGAAGGCAGAUUGCUCUGGAACACUGUGUGUUUGCACAGAAUGAUAGCUUGCUCUGGAACACUGAGGAGAAUACAGGAGCUCUAGUACGGUAGGAAACAGUACCACUGAGCAAGGCCUUCAGGAAUAGGACACAAUUGCUCCCGACUGAUUCCUCUCUUGCAACUGUCAUUAGUCUAAUCCUAUCCUUACUUUUUGUGUCAUUUUACCCCCCUCCCUCUAGCAUGUAAGCUCAUUGAGCAGGACCAUCAACCCCUCUGUCCAUGUGUGUCCAACUUGUCUGGUUACAACUACAUGUCUGUUCAUCCACCCACUGUAAAGCGCUGCAGAAUUUGUUGGCGCUAAUUAAAUAAUAACAUAAUAAUAAUGAAGCAAAAGUGUUGUUAGGGAAGAUAUGGAGUUCAGACCUGAAACACAAUGAACUGGCAAAGAAGGGGCAAGACUGAAUUUUGAGCCAAACUUCUGUAUGGACAUAUUACAAAAAAAAAAACAAAUGGAUUAUGGACAAAUAGUUUCAUGAUUUUAUGAUUCAGAGUUCUGCCCACUGGGCAAAAAAAAAAAAAAAGAUAAUUGAUGUUUAGGUGACAAUCACUAAAUGCUGAUUUUAAAAGUUGAGUACUUUGUUAAAUGCAAACAUAUGAACGCAACUUAAAGGACCACUCUAGGCACCCAGACCACUUCAGCUUAAUUAAGUGGUCUGGGUGCCAGGUCCAGCUAGGGUUAACCCAUUUUUUUAUAAACAUAGCAGUUUCAGAGAAACUGCUAUGUUUAUGAAUGGGUUAAGCCUUUCCCCUAAUCCUCUAGUGGCUGUCUCAUUGACAGCCACUAGAGGCGCUUGCGUGCUUCUCACUGUGAUUUUCACAGUGAGAGCACGCAAGCGUCCAUAGGAAAGCAUUGUAAAUGCUUUCCUAUGCGACUGGCUGAAUGUGCGCGCAGCUCUUGCCACGCGUGCGCAUUCAGCCCAGGAGGAGGAUCGGAGGAGGAGAGCUCCCCGCCCAGCGCUGGAAAAAAGUAAGUUUUUAACCCUUUUUUCCCUUCCAGAGCCGGGCGGGAGGGGGUCUCUGAGGGUCGGGGCACCCUCAGGGCACUAUAGUGCCAGGAAAACGAGUAUGUUUUCCUGGCACUAUAGUGGUCCUUUAAUAUUUUCCUUUUUUUUUUUUCUUUUCUUUAAUUUUUAUUUUGCUGAAACCAAACUUUAUAUUUCAAACUGUCCAUGAUCGGUUACCUUGUUAAAUGCAUGCAAAUUAAUGCAAUUAAAUGUAAAAAAGUGACUGUAAACCUUUUCAUAUAUGUAUUUAUGCUAUUUUUUUCUGAACAAUAUUACAGUGUUUCCCUGAAAAUAAGACAGGGUCUUAUAUAAUUUUUUGCUCCAAAAAACACACUAAGGCUUAUUUUCAGGGCGUGUCUUAUUGUUAAAAGAUCACUAUAGGGUCAGGAACACAAACCUGUAUACCUGACCCUAUAGCGUUAAAACCACCAUCUAGCCCCCCUGGGCCCCUCAUGCCUCCAUAAAUAUAGCAAACUCUUACUGUAUUCAAGCCAGAAGCUGUAACUCUGCAUGCUGUUUGCCUCAAAAAAAAAGCAGUCUGCUGACAUCAUCAGAAGUGGUAGCCUGAUCCAAUCACAGUGCUUCCCCAUAGAAUUGGCUGAGACUGACAAAGAGGCAGAUCAGAGGCAGAGCCAGCAUGAUUCAAACAUCAGCAUCUCCUCAUAGAUAUGAAUUGAAUCAAUGAAUCUCUAUGAGGAAAGUUCAGUGUCUGCAUGCAGUGGAAGGAGAUAUUGAAUGAAUGGAUGCAUUUUAGGCCGCCAUGACCCAGGAAGGAUCUCUAACAGCCAUCUGAGGAGUGGCCAGUUAAGUUAUCACUAGGCUGUAAUGUAAACACUGCAUUUUCUCUGAAAAGAGAAAUUAAUUCUUCACCCAAGUCACAACCUUUUGCAGGCUAGGCUUCACAAAGUUACCACACUGAUUUCUCUCCAUUCUUUUUUCAAUGCAUUCAUUGAUUUCCAUGCGCAGAUGGCUCUUGAAUGGCCUGUUUAUUGCAAUAUCAAGAGUAUGGAGAUAGCCAGUCAUUCCUGAAGGAAGCAUUACUUGAUCUAUGUUUUUAGUACUGUGAGUGCUGGCUGAAUCCCACACAAGCAGACCUCUUUUGGCCCCCUCGCAAAACAAGUGGCAGCAUUAAAUCAACCCACUUCCUUAUAGCUGCUUGCGUGCACCAGGCUUUUUCGGUCUCAAGAAUAUAAAUGCCUGAAACACGUUCAAUCGUCUCCUUCUUGCCCUUAGUGAUGAGUAGAUGAAUUGUCAAAAUGCAGGUAACACGUGCGCUUUGGUAACCACUGGAGGGAAUGUAGAUUGACGAGGAACCCCUCUGAUCAAUUGUUGUUUGAGAUCCUUGGCCCAUAAACACUGCAGUUUCAUCCAUAGCAAUCGUGUUGGAGAGUUGGUACUUAGAAAAGUUGACGCAAUCAACAAAAAACUUGAAUGCAAGUGCAUGUUUAAUAAUUUUAGUAUCUUCCAGCUUGAACAGUGUUGUCGAUCUUCUUAGUGACACUACAUAUCACUUAAGGAAGUCAUCCAGCCAGUGUUGUCAAACUCUGAAAUCUUCUGGGGAUAAUUCAAAACUGUGGUGCCAUUGCAAGAGCAAAUGCUUGAAUAUCAGCCCUGUGCACAACGAAAGCCUUUGCUCUCCUGUCAGCAAUCCAUUCACAGAUGAUGCCUUCCAGCUCAGGAAAUAAUAGUUGCCAACCUGAUCCAUACUUGCGCUUCUUGGCAUUUCCCUCGUCCACCUGUUGCUUGAGAUUAUCGUACACACUGCUCGUCAUUUUCGGAUCAUUCGGUCAUCCAGGUAUAUUCUCUUGGCAGAAAGUUGUAAGAUUCUGGCAGGGUGAAUCCUCCACGAUUCCUUUCUUGUACACAACGGAAUAUCUCAUUUUUAUUAUUUUUUUUGCACUAAUUUUGUCUGGGUGUCAAAAUGUUACAGACUUACGUUUUUACAACACUGUCGGUAAGUGAGGAUGUACUACUGUAGCAAGCAUGUACCAGAAAGCAGGUCUACAUUCGGGGAAAUUCAAUAGUGCAUGGAAUCCUGCUAAUCUAUGUUUGGGGAAACUUUCCCGAACAUAGAUUAUUUUAAUUGCGAAUGGAAUCCCACAAAUCUAUGUUCAGGGAAAAUUCCCCGAACAUAGGUUGGUGAAUGCAGACUAGGGAUUAUUUUUGGGGUAGGUCUUCUAUUAAGAGUAUCCUCCGAAAAUAAGCUAGAGGGAUGUCUUAUUUUCGGGGAAUAACGGUAUGUUUGUAUGUCUUUUGAUGCGUUCUUAUUGAAUAAAUCUAUUGUAUUUUUUAUGUUUUCACUGAAAAUAUUGCGUUAGUGAAAAUAUGUUUUAAAAUGCAUAUAUAUUGUUAGUCGUCCUUUAACUUCUACAUCUGCUAAAACUUAUUAUCCAUAUUGUGUUCUGCCCAGUCAUGGUGUUGUGGUAUGGUCGCUUUCGGGGACAAAUUGUAAGGAUAAUAAUGUGUAGUGUGCACAUACAGAUAUAUAAAUACAGCAUUAUAUCCUCUAUAUACAUUUAUAUUUAGGGUUAUUCUUUGCUUUUUUUUUUUGUCUUUUUUUUUUUGUCUGCUGAGCAGCCACCAGAGGGAACUAAACUUUCCCAGUGUGUUUGUUUCCUUUUUUUAUUCUUGGCUGUGAAAAGGUCAGAUAUUGCUUUAAUUAGAAUUGUCAACAACUGAUUUCUCUUUGAAUCAGAAAAUGCACAAUCUUGGUCUUCCUAGUUACACUGGACUGGGUCCUUUCCCAUCUCUCUAGUGUGUCUCAGAUUUUGUACAUAACCAGACUCUCCAUUGAGCCAUCACAAGUGCAAUAUCUGGCAACAUUUAAAUUUUAGGGUGUGCGUGGAGGUAAAGUGAGGGGUGAGGCUGUUCUGGGAAAUUUUAGUUGACUUACUAAUAAUUUAAGCAACUAAAAUGCAAUUUAGAACAAGAACAAUGUAUCUCAUUUACACAGGCUGAUUUUUAAAUACAUUUAUAGUACAUUAAUGCAAGUUUAGUUAUGUGGAGCCCUGCUAUACACUCAUACCCACCAGCAGAAAAGGAGGAGCACGAUAGAAAUGAUGGACAGAGGGAUUUGGGCAGAAAUAGGAACUGUCCCUUGUAAAUAGGGACACUUCUGAGUUAUGCUGUUGAAUUUUUCUAUUAAAUAUAUAUUUCUCUCUCCUUUCUUGCCAGGCAUACCUAUCCAAUCAUUGCUUCUCUGGAAACUAAUAAUUAUCCAUUACAUUCUCCAUCUGGUAUUACUCAAGGAUCAGUCCUUAGCCAUUUUUAAUCUCUUUCCAAUCAUAUACGUUUUUGUUUUGUUUGUUUCCUGUGCACUUGUGUGGAGAUGAUACACAGAUUUAUCACUGCUGACCUGCAACCUCUGUCAUAAGCCAACUUCCUUUCUGCCAUAUCUCAAUGGAUGACCCAUAAUUUUCUUCAAACUGAAUCUUUCAGAAUUUAUAUACAAUCAUUUUAACAUAUAUAUGUAUAUAUUUUUUUUUUUUACUGAAAACAUUUAUUGUAUAAAAUCUAAUUAGUCACACACUUUUCAUUUAAAGUUAUUUUUUUUUUAAUAUUUUGAUAAUUAGUUUUGCAGAUCCACAUUAUAGUAUUUCAUCACUACAUAAUAUCAAACUUUCAUAUGUAAAACAAUGGCAUCUUAAUUCCCCCCCAAAAUCUGCUAUAGUUAAUGUAACUACUACUAUGAAACUGGUUUGUCAAAUAUUUUAAUUUAAUUAUUUCAUUAUUGCCUUAAUUUAGAUUAGUAUUGCAUGUUAUCUUAUCUAUCCUAGUCUGUGAAAUGGUAUAUAUUUAAAAACAUUAUUGAAAAAUUAUUAUGAACUGUUAAGGAUCGGUUACAUUUUAUUAUCUGUCCAGAUACGUCAAUAAAGCAACAUGUGGAUUUGAUGUGUGGCAGUAAUCUUUUCUGUUUUACCUUUGGAAUGAAAUCACCAUAAAAUAUACACCUAACAUAAAACAUGACUAAUAAUACUCACAUAAGUUGCAAAUAACAACAUUUUAAUACGAUAAAUAAAAAAUAUAUAUGUUAUGUACAUAAAGACAAUGGAUCUAAAAUGGAAAUUAUUAUGAGAUGCUAAGGAAGCAGAAGAAUCAGGGAAAUAUACCAAAAAAAAAAAAAUAAUAAUAAAAAAAGACAGCCACUUGACUUUACAUCGUCUCACCUUUGAUAGAAAAGCAUACUUUAGCUGAUGCCCAGAACUUUAGGGACACCCUGAUCGUGCUAAAGUUCCAUUGGUGGAAAUUUAAAAUGGGAUUGUGCAUAUGAUAUCACAGAUGCACUGUAUGCAAUGUCAUAUUGCUUUCCAUACUGCACCCAUUGUUCCUAUUUUCUGUUUUUCUAGAGGGAGCCGCAGAGCAAUCUUGGUACAUGGGUAGGGAGACACUUUAAAGUCACAGGAGCACUUACGAUCAGAGCCAAUCCACCUAGGCGCCACCUCAUGUGAGUUGUAUAGCACACUAUAAUUUAGCACAAUUAGUUUUUAGUAUCACACUAUAUUUUGUAUAUUCUUAUGGUUUAUUACAUGGUCAACAACCAUAACCCAAAGUACACAUGGGGUAAGUUGCCUUAAUUGUUAGCUCUCCACUCACAUUGAUAUUUGGGUGUGAUCAACAAAUAUUUAUUUUGUUUUCUUAUAGAAUGAGCUGUUGCACCUGGCUACAAAGUAUUGUAGAAUUCUAAUUUUGUAUAUUCUUGAACAUGUUUUCAUUGAUGCUAAACAAGUUGUUUUUUCUUUCUAGAUUUGUUGGUGUCAAUGCGUCGGACAUAAACUUUUCUUCUGGUCGCUAUGAUAUCUCCACGAAACCUCCUUUCGAUGCUGGAUUUGAAGGCAUUGGCGAAGUAGUAGCUCUGGGCCUGAGUGCCAGUAAAACUUAUGCAAUUGGUCAGCCAGUAGCCUAUUUGGCAAAUGGCUCCUUUGCCGAAUAUACAGUUGUACCAGCAAAGGUGGCAAUUCCAGUGCCUUUUGUAAAACCAGAGAUCUUAACUCUUCUUGUCAGUGGCACAACAGCUUAUAUCAGUCUCAAGGAGAUGGGACAAUUGUCUGAAGGAAAGAAGGUUUUGGUCACGGCAGCAGCUGGUGGAACAGGACAGUUUGCUGUGCAAAUUGCAAAACAAGCUAAAUGCUAUGUUAUUGGAACCUGCUCUUCCGAUGAAAAGGCAGGAUUUCUAAAAUCGCUUAACUGUGAUCUUCCAAUCAACUAUAAAACUGAAAAUGUUGGUUUAGUUAUAAAGAAGAGGUUUCCAGAGGGUGUAGAUGUUGUAUACGAGUCUAUCGGAGGGGAAAUGUUUGAUAUGUCAGUCAACUGUUUAGCUAUAAAAGGCCGCCUUAUAAUUAUUGGCUUCAUCUCUGGCUACCAAUCAUCUAAGGGUAUCUUACCGGUUAAAACUAGUUCUUUACCUGCUGUUUUACUUAGAAAAUCUGCCAGUAUUCAAGGCUUUCUGCUGUUCCAUUACCUCUCUGAAUAUAGAGAAGCAAUGACAUCUUUAUUGAAACAGUACCAAACUGGAGAGCUGGUUUGUGAAGUAGACAAUGGGGACCAAGCUCCAGAAGGCAGGUUCGUAGGCUUGGAGUCUGUCUUCCGUGCUGUAGAUUAUAUGUACAUGGGGAAAAACAUAGGAAAAAUUGUAGUUGAAUUACCUCACCCUGUCAACAGCAAGCUGUAAAAACAGAACAAUGAUAUAAAUCACAAGAGAAAAUUGUUCUUUCUCCUUGAGAAUGUCUAAAACAUGUUGUUGCUAAUGGAUAGUAUAUUAAAACCAGUAUCAAGGUGUUGGUAAAAAGUUUUCAUUUCAAGAAAAAAAAAAUCUUAAUUUAAAGGCACGGAUUUGGUAGGCCACCAGUUAACCUCUCCAAAACCACAACUGUCUAUAAUACCAAUAUUUGUGCAUUAAUAUAUUUAUGGAUGAUUGUAAAGAUUUUUUUAUCACAGCUUGUGAUUAUAUUCUAUAAAAUGUAUACAUUUCAUGCAGAUUUACUAGGUAUAUUUUGAAAAAAGAUUAGUUUGGCUUUCUUACUUUAUAGAAUAAAUUGAAAGACCUACUUUUAAAGGGACCUUAGAAUUGACAGUAUAGAAUACUGAAUCUGAAUAUCUAUGCAAUUUUGAAUUUCUAUGCAUUUUGAAAUUAAUGUAACUUGUCAGAAUAAAAAAAAUAAUAAAAUGCCUAAAUAUAAUUAAGUAUAUUAAAAUACAACUAAUGUGUAUAUAUUUCUAGAAUUUCGACUUUAUUAUGGGCCUUGGUAAAUUAUGAAAAGAAAUGAUACACACAGCUCAUUUUUUAUUUAUUUUAUUUUUAAAAUUUAUUUAUUUUUAUGUGACGUGCACAAGGGCCAUUUCAAUUUGCAAUCUGUGGUUACAUUGAAUCUGUUUUUAAUAUGCCAAGGGCAGAACCACCUCAUGUAUAUGGGAAAACUGUAUGUACCAAAAGGUAAGUGUGGUGUCAGUCCAUUUGAAACCAUGUUCAGUGUAGGGAAGUAUAUGCUAAGGUUACAUAAACAGAAAAAGGGAUACAUUCAUACAUAAAUACAGAUUUUUGUUUUUAAUUUAAUUAGAAUAAACUGUAUCUAUGUGCCUAGUCAAUAAAACAAACACUUGCUUUA